UGGACAACAUUUUCUAUCCAGAUGCUGAACCAUUUUUAGCGUCGGAAAAAAGAAAACGAAGUCCAGGUCUUUGCCGAGCAUAUUACACUGCGACUCAAGGAAGGGACUCCAUUCGAGCCUUGUUGUUAUUAUUCUGAGCUAACUGUCAACCAGAAAGCCACCUGUUUUAAACUUAAACGUCAGCAUGUCCUCAGACUUUGAAGCCUACGAGCAGGACUUUGGAACCAUCACAGCAGAAGUAACUAACAAAAUUGGCAGAAUUCCCAAACUAAGUGGAGAGGAGAAGACACAGCUGGUUCUAAAUGUUGACAAACAGCUUGAAGAAGUCAGAGAGUUGCUGGAGCAGAUGGACCUGGAGGUGCGGGAGAUUCCCAUCCAGAGUCGAGCCAUGUACAACAGCAGACUGAAGAGCUACAAGCAGGAAAUGGAGAAGCUUGAGAAAGACUUUAAAAGGUCACGUAUUGCCUACAGUGAUGAGGUGCGCAACGAGCUCCUGGGGGAUGAUGCCAGCUCCUCUGAGAACCAGUUGAUAAAGUUACGUGAAGAGAGAGCGCAUCUGUUGGACAACACAGAGAAGCUGGAAAGGUCAUCACGGAGACUGGAGGCCGGCUACCAGAUAGCAGUAGAAACCGAGCAAGUGGGUCAGGAGAUUCUUGCCAACCUGCACACUGACCGUGAGAAGAUCCAGAGAGCCAGAGAAAGACUGAGAGAAACAGACGCCAACCUGGGCAAGAGUUCUCGCAUCCUUACCGGCAUGCUGAGAAGGAUCAUCCAGAAUCGAAUCCUGGUCUUCAUCCUUGGAGCCAUCAUUCUUCUCACCAUCAUCCUGGCCAUCUAUUUCAAUCUGCGAGGCCACUGAUCUCCCCUCUACAAACACAUCAU